CGUUUUCCUGUCCCUGAGAGCCUCCUGGAUUCUGCAACCAUGCAGCCUUACGUGCAUAACUGUUUUGUCACCCUGCAUGAAGGAAGACACACAUAUCAGUUUUGUGUUUGCUUCAAGCGGCACUGCCGUCUGAGAGCCAACCCAAUUCUCAGCAGCAUUGACCAUAUAUUCCGAGGUGAUGCAGUUGUCAUGAGGAGUGGUACUAGUGCCGGCUCUGUUGUGAAUAUGCGAGCCAGGGACAAUUUACUCACAGACUUCGUCAUGGAUCGGUAA